CUCCCACCCUUUGGGAAGAGAAGCUGUGUCACGGCCGGAGGUAACCCCUAACUGUCGCGUCUUCCUGCGGACAGAUAUAAAGAUGUCUGACAUGACCAAGCAAAAAGCAGCUACCAGAGCUUCAAUUAUUGAGCAGCUAUUGACAGAAAAGAAUUUCCAGGAUCUUGGAGAUCACCUGACUGAACUAGAAACUAUUCACAUGAGUAUAGAGCAUCUCCAAGAGACAGAUGUUGUCAGAGCUGUAUAUAGAGUUUUGAAACAUUGCCCUACAGUGAUUUUCAAAAAGAAAGCCAAGUGUUUACUUUCCAAGUGGAAAACACUUUACAAAAAUCACUACUUUCAGCCAGUGAAUAGUUCUAAUUUUUAUCUCGAGGAUAGUAAGGAAAACACUGAACAUGUUAAUCUGGUUCAAGAAGAAAAUUCCCCAUACCCAAGUAAAGAACAAACAUUAGACACAGUAAAUUCUAACUCUGUGUCACCAUCCCAAGAUACUUCAAAAGGUGUUGAAAUGUUUGUGCCAGAAAACAGUGCUGCUCUAGUGAAGGAACAUUUAGAAGAACAUUUCAUGAGUCAUGACCCUAAAUCCACUGGCAGCAAAUCAGCUUGGCCUCAAGAUCCCACAAGGGCUAAAUGUGUAGAACUUCUCUAUGGAGCCUUAGUUACUUGUGCCACAGACCAGCAGAAAACUGAUCGUUGGCAAAUACUGGCAAGAGAAAUUGAGGAGUAUGUUUUUGCACUUUAUUCAAAAAAUCUCAAAAAAUACAAAAAUUGCAUCAGAAGCAAAGUAUCAAAUUUGAAGAACCAAAAAAGUCCUCAUUUACAACAAAAUCUGUUUUCUGGGACCUUAUCUCCAAAACAAUUUGCUGAAAUGACAGUCAUGGAAAUGGCAAAUGAUGAAUUAAAGCAUUUGAGGGCUUCAUACACAGAGGCUUGUAUACAGGAACAUUAUCUUCCUCAAGUGAUUGAUGGCACACAAACAAAUAAAAUAAAAUGUAGGCGCUGUGAAAAAUUUAAUUGCAAGGUCACCAUGAUUGCCAGAGGAACACUUUUCCUUCCCAGUUGGGUUCGCAGUGCAAACCCAGAUGAAGAAAUGAUGACCUAUGUCAUUUGUAAUGAGUGUGGAGAACAGUGGUAUCACAGCAAGUGGAUUUGCACAUGAUUGUGACGAAACACUAAUAAUUUUUAAUAAAGAUAAUUUUUGUUUAUAA